CAAGUGGCAGCAUGUGGGAGAAUGCGCUCCAGUGUGUGUAGAGUGAAACACUACGCCGGAACCUGGGAGAUGUCUGUUUGAUGCAGGGAUUUCCUUCUUUUUCUCCUGAACAGGACGCAUGCUGGCUGUGCUUUAGUAUCCACCGGGAAUUAAGCGGGACGCUCACAGGAAACACGGGUAGCUUAAGUGAAGGGCAAAGUGUUUCCAGCUUUUCAGCCUGUUUAGACCAUGUUAUCGGUGGAAGAUCAAAUCGCAGUAGUGAUGGGAAGAUGGUGAUCCGAUUCCUGAAACACAGUUAAAUCAUGGGAAACGUGGAGAGUCAGAACGGAGACAGCAGUGUGUACGGCAAUGAAACGGUACACCUUUCUCGUAAACAAACGUCCCGCUCUCUCCGCCUCACCAACAAGAAGUCGGUCACUCGCCGGCAAAGGCUCUCUUCGACUGUGAAACAGGAGUACAGAAACUCUGAGACCUCCACUCGCUCUUCCAGCACACCAAGUAUCCCACAGUCCUUAGCUGAGAGUGGACUGGAACUUUUCAAUGGCACAGAUGAGCUGGGAGAGUUUGGCGUCAACCCUCACUGGACACAACGCAUCUCAAUGACAAUGAGGCCGGACUCCUAUCAACAUGAGGAUGAGCCCUUGGCCACGCCGACUCCUGAGACCUCAGAGGCAGACACUAUUGCUCAGGAUGGAGCAGAGGACUCUAUGGAGGAGGGAGAUGUUCCUGGGGAAGAGAGAUACCUCCAAAGAAUGACUGAAGGUCCCAGAGAUGGAGGGACUUUUAAAAAGAAGCGAUCAAAGUCAGCAGACAUGUGGAGAGAAGACAGCCUGGAGUUCUCCAUGUCCGACCUGAGCCAGGAAAAUCUUACCAGCACAGAAGACAUAAUCGAUGGAGGAGAAGAAGAGGAGGAGGAGCAGUUCACGUGUCUCAGAGGGAGUGCAGGCUCCACUGAAAGAGCUUCUUCCCUGGACCAUCUGUGCAGCCAGCAGAGUCCAGGCCUCCCGGGUCAGAGGAAUCGUUACAUUAAAAACCACAGAGAAGCCAACUGCAAUGGAGACACCGAAGCAGAGGAUGGGUUGAUGACUCCAACUGAAGAGGACGGCAGCGGCUAUGGAGCAUUCACCCUCCCCUGUCGGCGAUCUCACUGUCUGUCUGAGGGUUUGUCGGGGCUGGGGAUCCCCUCCGCACCUUGCCCCGCCUUCCAGGGACGUCGUGCACAUACUACUCAGGACAUCUCAGGCGCUAUGGGAGAUGGAAGUGAGUAUGGCGACAGCGGCAUUGAUGGCGUUGCCACAGAGACGGACGCAGACGGCGAGCUGAUCUCCCGGCGGUGCAAAGCCAUGUCGGCCUCGUUCUCUCUCUACUCAGCUACAGAGAGCAGCGUCUUUAAUGGGAGUGACAGUGGGAGCAGCAGCGCAGGCGGAGGAGAUGGAAGAGCUGCUGAUGGAUGCAGAGGAGGAGUAUAUGAGAAUUUCCGGAAGGAGUUAGAAAGUCAGACGAAUCAGGGCAGAGAUUUCCCUGAGGAGGCCAGUUCAGCUGUAAGUGAUGAGCAGAGCAGCGGCACUCUCAGCAGUGCCUACCCAUCUGACACGUUGACUGGCUGCACACAAGGCACAGUCAGGAAAGCUGGCGCUUUAGCUGUGAAGAACUUUCUGGUUCACAAGAAAAACAUGAAGGUGGAACUUGCAACGAAGCGCAAGUGGAAACAGUACUGGGUGUCUCUAAAAGGCUGCAGCCUCUUCCUGUAUGAAUCAGAUGGUCGCUCGGUAAUUGACCAUAACAACGUUGCUAAACAUGCCUUGUGGGUGGAGAACAGCAUUGUACAAGCCGUACCCGAACAUCCCAAGAAAGACUAUGUCUUCUGCCUUAGCAACUCAAUUGGGGAUGCAUUUUUAUUCCAGACAUCAGGCCAAACCGAACUGGAGAACUGGAUCACGGCGAUUCACUCUGCGUGUGCUACAGCUCUUGCCCGACAGCACCACAGGGAGGACACCGUUAGGCUGCUCCGAACUGAGAUCCGCAAACUGGAGCAGAAGAUUGACAUGGACGAGAAAAUGAAAAAGAUGGGAGACAUGCAGCUUUCGGCUGUCACUGAUGCAAAGAAGAGGAAGACCAUACUGGAGCAGGUGCAGAACAGAGAACUGUGA